AUGACCGGUGUCCUUCCCUUGUUCUUGGCGCUCUGGGCGCUGCUAUGUAUUAGCGGUGCAUUCGCUCCGGAUCCACCGGCCUUCACACCAGGACUGACGAGCGGAGCAGAAACAGGAGCACAAGCGACCAACACAGCUACCUCGGUCAACAUUCCAUCAUCAGCACCCGUUGGUGGUGUUACGGUGACACAACCUAUUCAGACGGCCGAUCCUUCUUACUACAAGAUCGCAAGAGGCGUUGACGUCACUUUCGGCUGGAACUUCACCUCGGUACUCCAAUACCCACGUACGCUCACUGUGCAGGCAUACUGCUCGGACAACCUGAACACGUAUGACAUCGCCACUGCCCUUCCAGGUACGGCGACAAGUGUUGUCUGGUCGCCAUACAACUACUCGACGAGCGUUGAAGCAUCGAAUCCUAACCUGCCACAACUCAUUGCAGCUUCGUACCGUCUGUUGAUCUAUGAUGAGCGUGGAAUGUCUGUCGGUGCUUCGCCCGGUCUGAUGCAGCCCAACACCAAGGUUCAAUUUGCGUUGUACAAUCCUCAGGCUUACACGCCGCUGGCAAGUGGCUGGAUCUGUGCAGCUUGCAGCGGCGCGACUGGGUUGAAGGCCAUGCAUCCUGCAUUUAUUGGAUUGAUUGCGACCGUAGUCAUCGCUGUUGUCUCGGGGUGGGGGCUGUUGACGAGGCAUGGUGGUUUCGGAGCUUUUGCUGAUGCAGAAUGA